UGCGAAUCCAUCCAUCAGGGGACGACGACGACGAACCAACAACGACGACGAGCACUCUAUCCAUCCAUCCAUCCAUCCAUCUGAGAACUCGGACAACGAGGAAGUUAACUAUCCACUAUGAACGGAAUGGACGCUGUCUACGCCACCGACGAGUACGGUCGGCCCGUCAUUAUCCUGCGUGAGCAGGGCAAGAAGAGUCGCAUUAGAGGGAUUGAGGCGCAGAAGUCACAUAUCCUGGCUGCGCGGACGGUAGCAAACAUUUUGAAGACGUCAUUAGGACCACGAGGUCUCGAUAAGAUUCUGAUCUCUCCCGAUGGUGAUAUUACAAUAACGAACGAUGGAGCGACUAUUCUGAGUCAAAUGGAGGUCGAGCACCAGAUUGCGAAACUUCUAGUGCAACUAUCGAAGAGUCAAGACGACGAGAUCGGAGAUGGGACAACGGGUGUCGUUGUGCUGGCGGGUGCGCUGCUCGAGCAGGCGGAAACUCUGUUGAACAAGGGUCUUCACCCUAUCCGAAUUUCCGACGGUUUCGAGCGGGCAUGUAAUGUGGCUGUUGCCGAGUUGGACAAGAUUGCCGAUGAGAUCAAGGUGGACAAGGAGAACACUGAGAUUUUGUUGAAGACGGCAAAGACGUGCCUGGGAUCGAAAAUCGUAUCUAAAUGCCACGACCAGUUCGCCCAAAUGGCUGUGGACGCUGUUUUGUCCGUGGCUGAUUUGGAGAGGAAAGACGUUGACUUCGAGCUUAUCAAGGUUGAUGGCAAGCUCGGAGGAUCCCUGCAGGACUCCAAGCUGGUUUUCGGAGUCGUCGUAGACAAGGAUAUGUCGCACCCCCAAAUGCCCAAGGAGAUCAGGGAUGCCAGGAUAGCCAUCCUCACCUGCGCGUUUGAGCCCCCAAAGCCCAAAACCAAGCACAAGCUCGACAUUACGUCCGUUGAGGAAUACCAGAAGCUGCAAAAGUACGAGAAGGAGAAGUUUGAGGAGAUGGUGAAGCAGGUCAAGGACGCUGGAGCCAACCUGGUCAUAUGCCAAUGGGGUUUCGAUGACGAGGCGAAUCAUCUGCUUUUGCAAAACCAGUUGCCUGCUGUCCGAUGGGUCGGAGGACCGGAGAUUGAGCUGAUUGCCAUUGCCACCAACGGAAGGAUCGUGCCGCGGUUCGAGGAGCUGAGCAAGGAGAAGUUAGGAAAGGCCGGAGUCGUGCGUGAGAUCUCCUUUGGAACCACAAAGGACCGCAUGCUGGUUAUUGAGGAAUGUGCGAACACUCGUGCCGUCACUUUAUUUGUCCGAGGCGGUAACAAGAUGAUCAUCGACGAAGCCAAGCGCAGUUUGCACGACGCCAUCUGCGUCGUCCGCAAUCUCGUCCGCGACAACCGCAUCGUCUACGGAGGUGGCGCCGCCGAGAUCGCCUGCUCGCUCGCCGUCUCCCAAGCCGCCGACGAGAUCUCCAGCAUCGAGCAGUACGCCAUGCGCGGUUUCGCCAACGCCCUCGACGCGAUCCCGCUGGCCCUCGCGGAGAACUCUGGCUUGUCGCCUAUCGAGACCCUCGCGGAAGUCAAGUCCCGCCAGGCCCUCGAAGCCAACCCGCGUCUGGGCAUUGACUGCAACUUGAAUGGAUCGAACGAUAUGCGCGAGUUUACGGUGUUCGACCCGUUGAUCUCGAAGCGAUCCCAGUUCCAUUUGGCGACUCAGUUGGUUAAGAUGAUUCUCAAGAUUGACGAUGUCAUCAUGCCCGGCGAAGCAAGCCAGCAAUAAACCAAGCAAAACCGCAACUCCCGUCUGCCGCGCAAAAUACCUUCCGUGUCAAUGUAAAGGGAGAAGCCCAUGCCGAGGACACGCUCCCCCUUUUGUAUAAAAUAACAGAUCGCAGGUGUGGGGGGAUUUUUUGUUUGUUGUAUAUUAUAGUCGUUUUGAGGGAUGAGGUAUGGAGUUGAGGAUAAACUGUAAGAAUAAGAUCUGGAUAAUAAGAUAUCAAAUGAGGG